CCCAGCAGCGCCCGGCGGGACGCAGCGGAGACGUAACAUAAACUGCAGCACGUGGAGUUGGGGUGUUAUUAAUUUAUUUCUAUAAAUCAUCAACAGAAAGAUACACAAAGGACCGUGAUUAGGUUGAAAAGAGAGGCGGGUUAUUCAUUGGCGAAGUUGUAAACGCGGCUUAGAAAAGGAAGGAAAUCAAAACGCAGACGCGGGGGUGCUCGCCGCCACUCUUGGGGCACACGCACUGCGCUGCAGGGCGCGCCACCCCCUCCCGUCCGCACCCUCAGACCCCGCGCGGCCGGCGGCCCCGGGCCCCUGCACGGCUGCUGGAGCCCCGGAGCCGCCAGUGGAGCCCCGGGGCCGCCCACACCCGCAGGCCCAGUGGGUGGAAAACCAGGCCCAGCCUGACCUGGAGGUCUUGGGACCUCAGCCAUCUUCCCUCCCUAAAUAGGGGUAGGGAGGAAGACCGGGGAGGCCGAGACCCUCGCCCGAAUUAGGUUCGCUGGACAGAGCCUGAGGCUUUUCUCCCCUUCCCAAGCGGGCGCUGUCUUCGCUCCCCCAACCUCGGGCGCGUCGGACUUUAUUAAAGUAAUUUUUCAAGAAAUUGCUAGCGGUUCCCAGGUCACUGCACAGUGGGUCUCAGAGCGCCAGGCGCUACCCUCCCACACCCACCCACCUCCCUUUAUUCCUUGCCCAGCCUAUUCUCCAAAGGCGGAAAGAACAGAAAGUCACUUUGCUCAGUGCGCUGGCGCCCUUUCCACCUCCUAGGAGAGACAGGCCGGGGAGGCAGGUUGGGGACCGUGCGCUGCCGGCUCCUCUGCUCCCGGCCGAGCUCGCCACGACACUGGCGCGCGGGUGGCCCUAGGAAAGCUGGCUGCUGCCUGUGACAGCAGAGUUGUGGCUUCUCCACCAACACGCCUGCAGCUGUGCCGGGACUUUUCCGCUCGCUGGCAACAAAGUCAUUGUUUGAGAAGGAGUGUGCCUGGCGGACAUUGAUUGCAGCCACCAGUGAGGAUCCGUGGAGGGCUGCCAAAAUGAUCAAGGGCUACAUGCAGCAACACAACAUCCCCCAGAGGGAAGUGGUGGACGUCACAGGACUGAAUCAGUCACACCUCUCCCAGCAUCUCAACAAGGGCACCCCUAUGAAGACCCAGAAGCGUGCUGCCCUGUACACCUGGUACGUCAGAAAGCAACGGGAGAUCCUUCGACAGUUCAACCAGACAGUCCAGAGUUCUGGAAAUAUGACAGACAAAAGCAGUCAGGAUCAGCUGCUGUUUCUCUUUCCAGAGUUCAGUCAACAGAGCCAGGGGCCUGGGCAGUCCGAUGACGCCUGCUCUGAGCCCACCAACAAGAAGAUGCGCCGCAACCGGUUCAAAUGGGGGCCCGCAUCCCAGCAAAUCUUAUACCAGGCCUACGACCGGCAAAAGAACCCCAGCAAGGAAGAGAGGGAGGCCUUAGUGGAGGAGUGUAACAGGGCAGAAUGUUUGCAGCGAGGUGUCUCCCCCUCCAAAGCCCAUGGGCUGGGCUCCAACUUGGUCACGGAGGUCCGUGUCUACAAUUGGUUUGCAAACCGUAGGAAGGAGGAGGCUUUCCGGCAGAAGCUGGCCAUGGACGCCUAUAGCUCCAAUCAAACGCACAGCCUGACCCCCCUACUCGGCCAUGGCUCCCCCCACCACCAGCCCAGUGCCUCACCUCCAAAUAAGCUGUCAGGAGUACGCUACAGCCAGCAAGGAAACAAUGAGGUCACUUCCUCUUCAACCAUCAGUCACCAUGGUAACAGCGCCAUGGUGACCAGCCAGUCAGUUUUACAGCAAGUCUCCCCAGCCAGCCUGGACCCAGGCCACAAUCUCCUCUCACCUGAUGGUAAAAUGCAGAUAUCAGUCUCAGGAGGAGGCCUGCCCCCCGUCAGCACCUUGACGAAUAUCCACAGCCUCUCCCACCAUAAUCCCCAGCAAUCUCAGAACCUCAUCAUGACCCCCCUGUCUGGAGUCAUGGCCAUUGCACAAAGCCUCAACACUUCCCAAGCACAGAGCGUCCCAGUCAUCAACAGCGUGGCUGGCAGCCUGGCAGCCCUGCAGCCCGUCCAGUUCUCCCAGCAGCUGCACAGCCCUCACCAGCAGCCCCUCAUGCAGCAGAGCCCAGGCAGCCACAUGGCCCAGCAGCCCUUCAUGGCUGCUGUGACUCAGCUGCAGAACUCACACAUGUACACACACAAGCAGGAACCCCCCCAGUAUUCGCACACCUCCCGGUUUCCUUCUGCAAUGGUGGUCACAGACACCAGCAGCAUCAGUACACUCACCAACAUGUCUUCCAGUAAACAGUGUCCAUUGCAAGCCUGGUGAUGUCCACAUAUCACUUACUCUGUGCACAGCAACGAGGACUCUAUUUUCCACACCAUCACCCUCUGGGCAGCUGUCACGGAAAAGCCCAGUGAACUGACAAACACCUGUGAGAGGUCUCGGUUACCUGACAUCCUGGUGGCAACUCAGACAAUCCACUCUUAAGAGACACAGCCUGAAGCCCAGCUUCCCUUCUAUACAGUAUUGUCACGACGCCUCUCCUGAGUCAGGGGCUCCUAUUUGUCCUGGAGGUGGGCACCAUGAAACUGCACAAGAGGAAGAGAACGCGGUAGAGUCUACCUUACGAUCCUUCAUCGAACAAACUGAUGCAAAAACUUGAAUCUGUUACUGAAACAAAAUGAGGAGGACAUGUGCUACUGAACUGAGCCAAACAUGCUAUAAAUAUCAACAGACUCCCUCUCCCCAACCCUAUCCCAAAUGAUCUCACAAUUUCUUUUAAAGAAGUAAAUCUGUCCAAUGGCUGUAAACUAUAAACUGCUGUAAUUAAGUGCAAUUUCCCCUCUACAUUAAUCUUCCCCUGUCCUGUAUAUAUAAUACUAAAGCAUCUAUUAGUUUUCUUUGUAAAGGUCGAAGUUGAAAUUUCAAAAGUGAUCCCCUCCUCCUUUUCCCCAAGUGAGAAUUGAAGCCCCUCACUCCUUCCUUGGACCUGGACACACAUAAGGACAGCAUACAUUGGACUGACUGCCAGCUAGCUCCAGACUCCUGAUGUUGAGACACCUCUGGAUACCUAGAAGGGUAGAACGGAGCAUCAGAAUGACAUCCUAGUUUCCUGUGGGAAUAACAGUUCAGCCAGUGCACCCAUAAGAAAUCGUGGGGCAAUGACACUGGCUGACAGCCAAAGACACAGUGACCAUCUCAGGAAGCCUCCCAUUAAAACUGUUUAUUUUAUCACUG